AUGUCAUUCUGCUCAACAGAUUGUGGAAUGCGACCUCUGGCUAGAAGUCACCAUCGUGUCCGCCGUGUGAUCGAUGGGGCUAAUGCACAGCCAGGGAGUUGGCCAUGGAUAGUGAGCAUCCAAAUGCCAAUAGAUUCAGUGUACAGGCAUGUCUGUGGAGGGACUGUCCUGAAUCAUCACUGGGUUAUGACUGCAGCUCACUGCCUUUUGAAAUAUCAGAGUGAGCAGUCAUUGGCUAGAAUUGUAUUUGGGUUAUUCAAUGUUUCUGACCUGGGGCCAGAGACCCAAAUUCGAAAGAUAAAAGAAAUGAUACGACAUGAGCAUUUCAACAAAAAGGAAAAUAAGAAUGAUAUAGCGCUGAUCUAUUUAGAUAGGCCCGUGGCAUUUAGUGACUACAUACAACCAGCCUGUUUACCUCAGCAAUCCUCCGAUAUUACAAGGAUGAAUGACUGCUACAUUGCUGGAUGGGGCUUGGUUGAUGAUUACUUUAGAAUACGAACAGAUGUCCUGCAGGAAGCCAAAACGGAACUGAUUGCUAAUAGUCGCUGUAAUCAAAGUGACUGGUAUAAUGGACGGAUAAAAGAAUACAAUUUGUGUGCAGGCUUUGAACAUGGUGGCCCUGAUACCUGUGAUGGUGACAGCGGUGGACCUUUAAUGUGUAAAAGAAUGAAAGCUAAGACUUAUUACAUAGUUGGAAUUGCAAGCUGGGGUGGAUUAUGUGGUCAUUCAUAUAGGAAUGGGGUAUAUACUGCUACUCAGUAUUUCAAAGAGUGGAUUCUUGACAAGAUCAAAAACAGGAAAAGUGAAAACUUCUCCAUAUAUAAGAAAAGAACCUCUAGGAUGAUCCAUGAAAGGAGUGCCAGAUCUCCAGCCUUUAGUUUUACCAAUAAGAAAACAUUUAAAGACACAACUACAGAAAUUACAUCUGGAAUGAUUAUUGAGGAUCGUACAGCAUUUCCACCUUGGGAAAUAGCUUCAACGGUCAAAAAGUUUCCAAACUAUGGUAAUCCAUCUAUGAAAAUUUCCUCUCCUAUGUCAGAUCAAGAGAGCAUGAGAUCAAAAUUUAAAUUUAUAGAAACAAAUUCUUCUUUAAUGAUAGAAACUAGGAACAUGGAAUCUUCACCUGAAAAAAUGAUCUCAUCGGAAUAUGAAGAAAUGGAUGCAGUUGUUGCAGGCAGCAGCUCUGUUCAUGUCCUUUUGACAGCUGGACAACUUCAUGCUUAUUUUUUGUGUAUACCUUACAAAUACUUGGCUCUUCUGCUAUUAUAUUUACUGGUUUAGUCUGUGGCCUUACCUCUGUUUAAUUUUCUUUAUGGACUUAAAGAAGUCCAUUUGUAAGCCACUUGCUACAGACUGUUUACAGAGCGCUGUUUGUCUUUUCACGUAUGCAACGGCUCCAUUGCUAUUGUGAACCAAUCGAUUACUAUAUGGAUUGCCAAAGUCCUGUGUACCUUAUACUGUUAACUGUGUCUUAUGCUGAAGAAGAUAUAAAAAGAUUGACUAAAACUGACAUAUCUU